UUUUCUUGCACACACACACUUCUUCAGACUGACCCAAAUCCAGCAGGCAGGAUGCUUGUGGACGUGGUGUGGUUGACGGCAACAUUGCUCUCCUUUCCAUUGCUCACACUAUGUGAACCACUGUUCAUCAUGUCAACUUCCCAGAUUCUGAAAAUGGAAACAGAACAGAAGGUGUUUGUAGAGGUGCAAGACUAUGGAGGCAGUGACACUUUAAGCAUCAAUAUAAAUGUAAUGAACUUCCCUAGUAAACAAUCUAGCCUCGUCAGUAAAUCCAUCGAUCUAAAUCUGAACAACAAAUAUCAAGCUAAUGUUGAUAUAAAGAUUCCUUUUAUAAACACUGUGUUUAAAGCCGACUCUGAGGAACAACAGUAUGUUUAUUUGAGAGCAGUUUGGGGUAGCCAAACAUUGGAGAAGAUUGUUAUGGUCUCAUUCCAGCCUGGGUAUUUGUUCCUUCAGACAGAUAAGACGAUAUAUACUCCAGAUACCGAUGUUAAAUACAGAAUAUUUUCUAUGAACUCAUUCAUGAAGCCUAUGGACAAUACUGUAGUUGUGAAAGUAUCAACUCCGGAAGGGAUUAUUGUUGAACAAAAAUCAAUCAGUGUAAAAAAGGGAGUAGUCACUGAUAUUUUUAAACUGGGAAAUCCCGUCAGAAAUGGAAUCUGGAAAAUAGCAGCACACUUUAAGGAGAAUUCUUAUAAGAAUUUUACAGCAGAGUUCGAGGUCAAAGAAUACAGACUGCCCAGUUUUGAUGUGAGUUUGACAACUGACAAAUCUUUCUUCUAUGCUGAUGAUGAAAGUUUUUCUGUCCAGAUCAAGGCAAAGUAUCUGUUUGGUGAAAAUGUUGAAGGUAGUGCUUUUGUUGUGUUCGGAGUGUUUCAAGGAAAUGAAAAAAAAAGUAUUCAAAGCUCUCUGGACAGGGUUGAUAUCAAGAAAGGAGAAGGUAGAGCAAAUCUAACCAGACAACAGAUCAUUCAAACCUUUCCAGACAUACUUAAACUGGUUGGAGAAACACUGUACAUAUCUGUCAGUGUGCUCACAAAUACUGGCAGUGAGAUGGUGGAAGCUGAGAGGAGGGGUAUACAUAUAGUCACAUCGCCAUUCACCAUCCAGUUCACCAAAACCCCCAGAUAUUUCAAACCUGGAAUGCCGUUCAAUUUUAAGGUGUACGUGACAAACCCUGAUGGGACACCAGCAGAAAACAUCAACUUGCUGGUGUCUCACGAAGACAAAGCUGGAAAAACGGAUUUAAACGGCUUAGCUUCGUUCCACUUAAACACCAAACCCUCAGAUACUGAGCUGAAGAUCAAAGUAGAAACGAACGAGGAGAGCCUUAAAGGCAGGGUGGGAAGUCAAGCAGUUAACACAUUCACAGCCUACACCUACAAAUCCAGCUCCAAAAACUACCUGCACAUCACCUUAACUACACCAGUGAUAAAUGUCGACAGUCCAAGCAGUUUCACGCUAAAUAUACAGACGCCUUCAGAAGAUAAAAUUCAAGAUAUUACUUACAUGAUCUUAAGUAAAGGGCAGAUUGUGCACACUUCGAAGAUAAAGAGAGAAAAAAAUAAUGUGAUAACUGAAAAUAUAGUUAUCACCAGACAAAUGCUUCCUUCAUUCCGACUGCUGGCGUAUUACCAUGUAGGAACUACAGAGGUUGUUGCUGACUCCAUUUUGGUUGAUGUGAAGGACACAUGUAACGAACAGGUUCAUCUGAAUAUACAAGAUCCUCAACCAGUGUAUUUACCUGCUGAUCAAAUCAAUUUACAAGUUACUGCUGCUCCUAGUGCAAGUGUUUAUCUGGUUGCUGUGGAUAAAGGCGUCUACGUUCUCAAUAACAAGAACAGAAUCACUCAGACCAAAAUCUGGGACAUUGUAGAACAGCAUGACAUCGGCUGUACAGCUGGAAGUGGGAAAGAUGCUAUGGGUGUUUUCUAUGAUGCAGGCCUGCUGUUCAUAACACAGACCGCAGGAAGCACUGCCGAGCGAAGAGUCACCACCUGUGCACCUGACUCGAAAAGAAAGCGGCGUGCCAUCACCAAAUCGGAGCUCAUAAGCACUUUAGUGAGCAAGUACAAUGAUAAGCUAAAGAAGUGUUGCAGGGACGGAUUGGUGGAAAACCUUCUGGGUUAUACAUGCGGGCGAAGAGCUGAAUACAUCGAGGGUGAAGUUGAAUGCCGCCAAGCCUUCUUGCAUUGUUGCCAGAGACUUGCUGAUGUAAGAAAAGCAGCUGUGCAGGAGGAACUGCACUUUGCCAGAAGUGAAGAGAAAGAGGCAAAUGAGAUGUCUGAUGAAAUUACAUCACGUUCAGUCUUCCCUGAAAUCUGGAUGUGGGACAAAGAGGAUAUUCCCAGUGGUACUAAUGUGAAAAUUCGAGAUGUUACCCUACCAGAAUCCAUCACCACCUGGGUGCUCACUGCUGUCAGUAUUUCACAGGAAGGUAUUUGUGUGGCAAAUCCAUUUGAGCUGAUAGUUAAGAAGAACUUCUUUAUUGAUCUGAAAUUACCGUACUCUACCUCAGUCAACGAACAAAUAGAGAUCAAAGUGGUUAUCCAUAACUUAAACAACAAGCCCAUGAAAAAGGUCUAUGUGGAGCUGAAGGAGACAGAAGAUAUAUGCAGCAUGGCCAGCUUUAAGGAGAAGUAUCGCACAACUGUCAGCGUUGAUAAACAAUCGUCCAAUGCGGUUUCUUUUGUCAUUAUUCCUCUUAAGGCAGGAAACCACAAAAUCGAGGUGAAGGCCUUUGAUCUAGUAUCACAAGUGACAGACGGAGUGGCGAAAGAUUUAAAAGUAGUGACUCAGGGCAUUUUGACGUAUACAGGAGAGGUCACUUUAAUAUUAGAGCCUGACAAGCACGGAGGACGGCAGCGAUCGGAUAUUAGUAGGCCAUUCCUGAAGAACCAAAUGCCAGACACAGAUGCUCACACCUACAUAGCUGUUAGAGGCAGGCCUUUGUCGCAGAUGAUUGAGGAAGCAAUCAGUGGUAGAGGUCUAGAAACCCUUAUUAAACAGCCAUCAGGCUGUGGAGAGCAAAACCUGAUGGCCAUGGUCCUGCCUCUAAUCGCAACACAUUACCUGGACAAAACCAACCAGUGGAGUGAUGUGGGGGUGGACAAACGUGUCGAAGCGCUCGGUUACAUCAGUACAGGCAUUCAGACGGAGCUUACAUAUCAACAGGACGAUCAUUCCUUUGGCAUGUGGCCAGUCUCAAAAGGCAGCACAUGGCUAACUGCGUACGUGGUGAAAAUGUUCAGUCUGGCGGAUGAAUUGGUCACCGUAAACCAUAAAGUCAUUUGUGAUGCUGCCGAGUGGCUGGUUACUAAAACAAAGUCUCCUGAAGGGAUGUUCACUGAAGUGUCCAGCAUUGGCUCCAGCUCUAUGGGCGGCAAAAGUUCCGGUCUAACCAUGACUGCAUUUGUACUGAUGGCAUUACAGGAAGCGAGUCGACUUUGUGAAAACAACGUACCUAAUUACCAACAGCACCUGCGCAGUGCAGCAAACUACAUUGCAAGGAACAUUGAUUCGACAACGGACACAUAUGCUGUGGCCAUGGCUUCCUAUGCUCUGGCAAGAGAUGGCCAGCUGGAUACCGACCAUUUGUUUAGAUUUGCUUCAUCCGACCGGAGCAACUGGCCUGUAAAAGAGGGUUAUUUUUUCACCCUGGAAGCAACCGGAUAUGCUCUCCUGGCCCUGCUGGAGACUCGAGAUUAUGAGAAGGCCAAACCCAUUGCAGAUUGGCUGAGGAGGAAUCAAGCAUUAGGAAGCGGAUAUCGCUCCACCCAGGCUACCGCCGUGGUGUUUCAAGCUGUAGCUAAGUACAUGACUGACAAACCUAAAACCAAAGAGGGGACCAUGACCGUCAUUGUCAGUUCCACUGCAAGAAGUACAGCGUUUAAAGGCUCAUUCUCCAAAACUGAUAAAAAUCUACAACGCUCAGACAAGUUCUUGGCAAAUGGAGAUCUAACAGUAACAGCGUCUGGCCAAGGGGAAGGCUCCAUAUCGGUUGCCACUUUGUAUUACACCAAACCUGGUGAAAAUUAUACAAAGUGUAACAAAUUUGAUCUGGAGGUUAAAAUGACCAGAGACAAAACAGCUUCCUACCCCGGUGCCCUUGCAAGUUAUACACUCACCAUAGAGACUAGGUUCCUGCAUGAAACAAAAGAGGCUGCUAUGACUAUCCUGGACAUCAGCCUGCUGACAGGAUUUGUAGCAGACAAAGAUGACCUGAAAAAGCUGAUGGGUGUGGACAAGUACAUUAAUGAUUUUGAGCUGAACAGCCAGCUUUCAGAAAAAGCAUCCGUCAUCAUCUACCUGAAAAAGGUCUCAAAUAAAGUGAAAGAGAAGAUUGCUUUCAAAAUUCACAUGAUGCUGAAGGUUGGUGUCAGUCAGCCUGCUGCAGUGUCUGUGUAUGAGUAUUACAACAUAGAGAACCACUGUGUGAAGUUUUAUGACCCGCACAUGUCUCAGUCAAGCGGCUCCCUCUACCUCAUCUGUCCUAAAGAAGUGUGCAGCUGUGCUGAGGCAAAUUGUCCUCAGCUGAAGGGGCCUGCAGUCCCAGAUGAAAAGUUACGCAUUAAAGAAGCCUGCCACAACAAGGACUUCAUUUAUAAGGCAACUCUGGAAGUGGUGACAAGAGAACGCUCAUCAGACAUCUAUACCUUCACCAUAGUACGAGUUAUUAAAGAAGGGACCGAUAAGAACGUGCUGAAUGAUCCUCGAGACUUUUACAUUCACAUUGCCUGCAAAGACAAGCUUGGGUUGAAGGAAGGCAAGGACUAUCUCAUCAUGGGUCCUGAGCCAAAGAAAAUACAAGACAGUUGGCACUACACGAUCAGAACGAGCAGUUGGUUGGAGUACUGGCCCACGCAGGAGGAGAGUCAAGAUAACAAGAACAAUGAUGGGCUUAGAUACAUCGGACUGAGCAGCUUAAGCAACCUCCUGGAAAAUGAGGGAUGCACCACUUAAACUUCUCAAUGUGAAAAUACAGCUCAUAUCACGGCUUAUAUACCGCUGGCCACUGGCUACAGCUUUAUUCUACAUCUGUUUUUUUUAUAAAAUUAUCUGAUUUGAUCAUGAAAGAAUGAAGUCAAAUUCUGUGAUGAAGCAGACAUCAACUUUGAUCAUCAAAUCAACCAAAAGAUGCACUAAAAACAGAAAUGAAUGAGAUGAUAAAUACAUGCAUAAAUAAAGUUCAAGCAAUGAA